GGAGAAAGACGUCAGAAUUUGUAGAACCUUGUGAAUCCAGCUGGUCUUAGCCGUAUAGAAGCCGCACCUUGGGGGCCUGCGUGCCCGUGCCGAGGAUGAAGUUUGGCAAGACUUUCGAGUCCCACUUGACGAUCGAGUGGCGCCAGCAGUAUAUGCGAUAUGCGGAGCUCAAGGCGCUGAUCAAGCAAGGCGUCGAGAAUGCCCCCUCGCCACUGAGUGCCACGGACUACGAAGUGCAGGCCUAUUACAGGGCCUUCGAGGAGACCUUCCUCGCCGAGUGCCAAUCGGAGCUGACCGGGGUGAACAACUUCUUCCUGGAGAAACUGCUCGAGGCGCGACGCAAGCAUGGCCACUUGAAGCUACAGCUCUUGGCCUACUCCCACGAACCGGGACCCACGACCAGCGAGACUUCGCUGCAGUCCCAGCCCCAGCCCCAGCCCCGUUCCCGUUCCCAAUCUCUCUCAAGAUUCAAGAAAAAGAACCACAAUCAAAGUCAAAAGCAAAUGACCCGUCGCCAGCUGAGCUACGCCUAUGCCGAGUUCUAUCUGAGCCUGGUGCUCAUCCAAAACUAUCAGUCGCUGAACGAGACGGGCUUCCGCAAGAUCUGCAAGAAGUACGACAAGAACCUCCGCUCUGGAGCGGCGGGCAGCUGGUUCGAGCAGAAUGUGCCGAAUGCCCCGUUCACGGAUGGCCGCCAGCUGCAGCGCAUGACCGUCGAGGUGGAGGACCUGUACACGAUCCAUCUGGCCGACGGGGAUCGAUCGUUGGCCAUGGAGAAGCUGCGCGUGCCGCCGCUCGGGGAGCCCACGCCGCCGGCGAUGGUCUUCCGGGCCGGCAUAGCCCUGGGAAUGCUGCUCAUGCUGCUCCUGGCCACCGCCUUCAGCUAUUGGAAACUGCCUCCGACGAAGGGCGAAACGCCGGGCCUGAUGCGCCUGUACCGCGGUCCCUUCACCUGGGUGAUCUUCAACUUCUACAUGGCCGCCAAUGUGGCCGGAUGGCAGCGGGCCGGGGUCAACCACGUCCUGAUCUUCGAGAUUGACCCCCGAAGUCACCUGCAGCCGGCGACCUUCCUGGAGAUCGCCUGCACCUUCGGCAUCCUGUGGGCCCUGUCGAUGCUGGGAUUCCUGCACCACAAGGCCAUGGGCAUCACGGAUCCAUUCGUCUUCCCGCUGGCCCUCAUCCUGAUCAUGGUGGGCCUGCUGGUGGUGCCGCUGCCCAUCAUGAACUGGCCGGCCAGGUGGUGGACCAUCAAGCUGGUGGGUCGCGUCAUCAGCGCUCCGCUGCACUAUGUGGGCUUCGCCGACUUCUGGAUGGGCGACCAGCUGAACUCGCUGGUAACCUGCAUCGUGGACCACUACUACAUUGGGCGGUUCUAUGCCGUGAGCUGGCUGCGCUAUGAAAUCUUGAGCAGUUGCUUCGAACCGGAUGUUAUGGUGCCCAUAGCCAUGUGCUUGCCCGGAUGGUUUCGGUUCGCCCAGUGCCUGCGGCGGUUUCGGGACAGUGGCUCCAAGUCGGUGAGCUACCUGAUCAAUGCCGGCAAGUAUUCCACCACAUUUCUGGUGGUGCUGUUCUCCACGCUGCGAGGAAAAUCGGAGGGUGGGUAUGCCAACACGUUCAGCAAUCCGUACACCUGGCUAUUCCUCGCCAGUUGCGUGGUGGCCACGGUUUAUUGCUACUUGUGGGAUGUGAUCCGCGACUUUGGACUCUUUCGAGUCAUGAGGGGUGAGCAUAUUUUCCUGAGGAAGCAGCUCGUCUACUCGCAGGCCUUCUACUACUUUGUGAUCGUCGAGAAUCUGCUACUGCGCCUCUUUUGGGCCUUUGAGUUUGCCAUUCUGUAUCACAACCUGAUGACUCCGUACAAUAUGAAGACCAUCAGUAGUAUCCUGGAGAUCACUAGGCGCUUCAUUUGGAACUACGUGCGCCUGGAGAACGAGCACUUGUUCAACUGCGGCAAGUUCCGGGCCACGCGGGAGAUCCAUCUGGCCGCCCUGAAUCCUCGCCAGGAGCGCAUGCUGGAGGACAUGAUGGACGAGUCGGAUGGCGUGUCCAAUCGCCACAAGCCGAGGGAGCGCGUUCGCCUGGGCAAGGAGUACUUCUAGAGGCAGCUGCCUGUCCUCUACGCUUUUGCCCCCCGAUCGAUCUGCUUGUUGAUGGUCCGUCGUCGUCGUCGUCGACUUUAAUUAAUUCAUUUGUGCACAAAUACAAGUCGGAUGGAGGGAUAGACGGACAGGGAGACUGAAGACUGAAGACUGGAGACUGGAGAAAGGGAGCACGAGAAGCACGCGCCAAACCGGUUGGCCAGCUGCACCCAAAUGUGGUAACAAUUGUCAUUGCUGGAAAAGGAGAGGAGCGAGGUGGAGAUGGAGAUGGAUCCUCGUGGCGAGCUCCCGAUCACGGAUCGCCAUCGACAAUCUCUUAAUUGACUCGCUUUGGGCCUUGAUUGGCCUCGCAAUUAGCCAAGCUGCGGAGCUAAUGGAGAUAAUGGCUUUUGAGCAGGAACCUGAGGAUGAUCUCACCGAUCACCCAUUCUAAUCCCGUGGAGGCCUUUCUAAUGGGAGAA